ACAAUUCCCAAUUUCACAAUCCAUUCACAAAAACCACACAACCAUAAUUUUUCUAAGCAAAAAGCACAAUGGAAACCGCAUCCACACUUACCUUCUUCCUCCGCCAUGUCGCCGCCAAGUACCCCUCCCGCCGAGCGCUCUCCGUCGCUGCCAAAUUUGACCUCACCCACUCCCGCCUCCAACAACUGGUGGAAUCCGCCGCCCAACGGUUGCUCACCGCCGGAAUCAAGCCCGGCGAUGUCGUCGCCCUCACCUUCCCCAAUACCGUCGAGUUUGUCAUCAUGUUUCUUGCCGUUAUUCGAAUUCGGGCCACAGCCGCGCCGUUAAACUCGGCUUACACAGCCGAAGAGUUCGAGUUUUAUUUAUCCGACUCCGAGUCCAAGCUUCUCCUAACAUCUUCAGAAGGAAACAACGCAGCUCAAGCCGCAGCUUCAAAACUCAACAUAGCUCACGCCACGGCUUCGGUAACCCAAGCCGAGAAUAACGAACCCGAGCUGAGUCUCUCGCUGAGUCAAUCCGACUCGGUUAACUCGGUCGAUUCGGUUCAGUCAGUGAUUAACGAUCCUGAUGACGUGGCGCUUUUCCUUCACACCUCCGGCACCACAAGCCGACCCAAGGGAGUGCCGCUCACUCAGCACAACUUGCUCUCUUCGGUACAGAACAUUAAAUCGGUGUACCGACUCACAGAGUCUGACUCGACGGUGAUUGUGCUUCCGCUUUUUCACGUGCACGGUUUGAUUGCGGGGUUGCUUAGUUCCCUCGCGGCCGGUGCGGCGGUGGCGCUGCCGGCGGCGGGAAGGUUCUCCGCCUCUGCGUUCUGGAAAGACAUGGUGAAGUACAAUGCCACGUGGUACACUGCGGUCCCCACCAUACACCAGAUUAUACUGGACCGCCACGCGAACAACCCCGAACCGGUUUACCCGCGGCUCCGGUUCAUACGAAGCUGCAGCGCGUCUCUGGCACCGGCUAUUUUGGGUAAACUCGAGGAGGCUUUCGGUGCGCCGGUGUUGGAAGCUUAUGCGAUGACGGAAGCGUCGCAUCUCAUGGCUUCGAACCCUUUGCCGCAAGAUGGGCCGCACAAGGCCGGGUCGGUUGGAAAGCCCGUGGGACAAGAAAUGGUUAUUUUGGACCAAACGGGUCGGGUUCAAGAGGCUGAAGUUAGCGGAGAAGUUUGCAUUCGUGGCCCCAAUGUUACGAAAGGGUAUAAAAAUAACGUGGAUGCCAAUACGGCGGCGUUUGAAUUUGGUUGGUUCCAUACCGGUGAUGUUGGCUACUUGGAUUCUGAUGGUUAUUUGCACCUCGUUGGUCGCAUCAAGGAACUCAUCAACCGUGGAGGUAUGUUAAUAUUUAUUAUUCAAAAAUUUUCUGCAAAUUUCUUUGGAAGGUAUUGCGAAUAUUCUGAAUUGAGGGAACCAUGCUUUUUCAAAAUUCGGUGCAUUGACUGUUUUGAAGGAAAAGUUUGGGUUGAAUACAGACUAAGCUUAACCAUUGAUUUUGGUGAUUCAUUGUCUUAGAGAAAUAUUUGUUGGUGGUGUGUCAUUGAUGACGUGAGUUUGAUUCUUGUUGAGUAAUUUGUCUGGUGUAAACUCAAGAGACUUCUUAAUAGUUUUGCGCGUUACGUGAACAACUUAUCAAUAUUUAAAUUGUGUGUGAGAAUUAUUAUAGUAUUCUCAGAUGAAACAAAUGUCAUAACUGUUUUUAUAUUCACUAAGGUUGAAGUCGGGCUUUUUGUUUGGUAUCAACAACUAUUAGAGUUGUGGUUUGUACGUCAAG